CAUAGCGUAAAUAACUUGUUACUUUAAAUCAAACCCGUUUGCCUGCUUGAAUUCUCCAGCUAUCAAACGACGUAUCGUUCUUCAACCACGAGUCGUCAAGCUAGUUGAAGCCGAUUGUCGUUCAAUCCAAUUUGCGGAACGAUGCGUUUUAAGCUGCGCCUCCAUUUCUUCUGUAAACAAACACAACCGGCUCUCUCUGUCUCUAUCUCUAUCUACAAGCUCCAAAAACAAUAAUCUUUCUCCGAAAUUACAAUUUGAUUCAAUUCGAUAAAUGCAAGAGCUAUUCUCCUACUGCUAUCAUACUUGCACCCUCUCCACAAUGUAAGUUUCUCUUUUUUAUACUGUCUCUUUAAAUUCUUUUAACUCAUCUUUAUUACAUUUUCAUUAUCAUGGCCAGCCAUUUUCCUUUUAGCUCUUCACUUUAUCCGAAAACCCACAAUCAUAAUCCCCGUAAGUUUCUGCUGAGGCACCCAACUUUCCCUUCCAUUUCAUGUCAAAAACAAAACCCAAUUCUUGAAAACGACAAUGAAACCACUAAAACAUAUGCAGAUAGUAGGAAAACCCAUUUCAAUUUUCUGACUUUACCCAUAACUCUCACUGUAAUCUCCACUUCUUUCACAGCACAACCUGCUCUUGCUGCUGUUUCAACAGCGAAAACAACCCGUAAAAAGAAAACCCAGAAGAAAGCACCCCAAGAAACAUUAACACCUGAUCAGCUUAAACAAUGGUCUAAAGAUCUCCCAAUUGUAGCAAAUAGAAUACCGUAUACUGAAGUUUUGAAGUUUAAAGAAACUAAUAAGCUUAAACAUGUAAUUAAAGCUCCUAAGGCUUGUCUGAAACAACAAGCUGAAGCUGUAUUAGUUGUUUUGGAUGGUAAUCAAGUUUUUAGGACUGUCUUGCCUUCUUUUGUGAGUAAUAAGAGGUUCUGGGAUUCAUGGGAUGAGUUAAAGAUUGAUGCAUUGUGCAUUAAUGCUUAUACUCCUCCGGUUAAAAAACCAGAGAUGCCUAAGCCGUAUUUAGGGUUCUUAUGGAAAGUCCCAGAGUUUUUGUUGUCUAAGUUUAAGCGUAAGAAGGAGUCAAGGAGAGCUAUGGAGUUGAGAAGAGCAAGAGAAGAGUUUAAGAGGCAAAGAAAAGAGGAGUUAGCAAGAAUGAGGGAAGAGCGGGAAAUGAUUGAAAAGGCAAUAAAAAUGCAAAAGAAGGAGGAGCAGAGGAGAAUAAAGAAGGAGAUUAGGAAAAAGAAAUAUGAGGAGUCACUGCGUGAUGCAGAGAGAAAUUACACACGAAUGGCAAAUAUGUGGGCUGAUUUAGCACAGGACUCAAAUGUGGCUACAUUUUUAGGACUGGUAUUUUUUGUGAUAUUUUAUCGCACGGUGGUGCUUAGUUAUCGAAAACAGAAGAAGGAUUAUGAAGAUCGCCUGAAGAUUGAGAAGGCAGAGGCAGAGGAGAGGAAGAAAAUGAGGGAGCUGGAGAGGGAGAUGAUGGGAAUUGAGGAUGAGGAAGAAGACGAGAGUGAGCAAGGGAAAGGUGAGAAAAAUGCUUAUUUGAAGAUGGCUAUGCAGUUCAUGAGGUCAGGUGCUCGUGUUAGGCGUGCCCAUAAUAGGAGAUUACCUCAGUACUUGGAGAGGGGUGUGGAUGUGAAGUUCUCGGAUGUUGCAGGACUUGGGAAAAUCCGACUUGAGCUUGAGGAAAUUGUGAAGUUUUUCACACAUGGGGAGAUGUAUCGGAGGAGAGGAGUGAAAAUACCAGGUGGCAUACUUCUAUGCGGGCCUCCUGGGGUGGGGAAAACCUUGCUGGCAAAAGCUGUGGCUGGUGAGGCAGGUGUGAACUUCUUCUCCAUUUCUGCAUCUCAAUUUGUGGAAAUAUAUGUUGGAGUUGGUGCUUCUCGUGUCCGAUCGCUUUACCAAGAAGCAAAGGAAAAUGCUCCAUCCGUUGUCUUUAUUGAUGAGCUGGAUGCUGUUGGAAGGGAGCGUGGUUUGAUUAAAGGUUCUGGUGGACAAGAACGUGAUGCUACACUUAAUCAGCUUCUUGUAUGCUUGGAUGGAUUUGAAGGAAGAGGGGAAGUGAUUACUAUUGCUUCCACCAAUCGACCAGACAUUCUAGAUCCGGCACUUGUGAGACCUGGGCGCUUUGAUCGAAAAAUUUAUAUCCCCAAACCUGGCCUUAUAGGACGUAUGGAAAUCCUAAAGGUUCAUGCUUGUAAAAAGCCUAUGGCUGAUGAUGUGGACUACAUGGCUGUUGCUAGUAUGACAGAUGGGAUGGUUGGUGCUGAGUUGGCCAACAUAAUUGAGGUUGCUGCAAUUAAUAUGAUGCGCGAUGGAAGGACCGAGAUGACAACAGAUGACUUAUUACAAGCUGCACAAAUAGAAGAGAGAGGAAUGCUGGAUAGGAAGGAAAGAAGCCCUGAGACUUGGAAGCAAGUGGCUAUUAAUGAAGCAGCCAUGGCAGUUGUAGCUGUGAACUUUCCAGAUCUUAAAAAUAUCGAGUUUGUCACAAUUUCUCCUCGAGCUGGAAGGGAACUAGGCUAUGUUCGGAUGAAAAUGGAUCACGUCAAAUUUAAGGAGGGAAUGCUUAGUCGUCAAUCCCUCCUGGAUCAUAUUACUGUUCAGAUGGCACCACGUGCAGCUGAUGAGCUUUGGUAUGGCGAGGGUCAGUUGAGUACAAUAUGGGCAGAAACUGCAGACAAUGCGAGGUCAGCAGCAAGAACCUAUGUCCUCGGUGGCCUUUCUGAGAAACAUUAUGGCCAGUUUGACUUCUGGGUUGCAGAUCGAAUUAAUGAAAUUGAUUUAGAAGCACUACGGAUUCUCAACUUGUGUUACGAACAAGCUAAAGAGAUACUGCAGAGAAACCAUAAGCUGAUGGAUGCUGUUGUAGAUGAACUUGUUCAAAAGAAAAGUUUAACAAAACAAGAAUUUUUUCAUCUAGUUGAGUUGUAUGGCUCUAUCAAACCUAUGCCGCUAAGUAUACUUGAUCUCAGGGCUGCCAAACGUGCAGAGUUUCAAAAAAUGAUGAUGAACCAGAAGGAAAAAACCCCGAGCAAUUUAUAAGUGAGAUACCAAGAGAACUCUGGUAACGAACUCGAUCAUUGUUUUUGGGAUGGCAACGCGGAGAUUAGCCAAGGAAAGUUACCUGUCGCCUUCGAUUGAUGAUGCAAAUUGCAGAAUAGCUAUGGCCGUAUUCUGCAGUUCGACUUUGGAUCAGAAGUGUGAUCGAAUGCUGAAUUGCUCUGACCACGGCGGAAGUGUUCUGAUGACUCAGAAGAACUGGGUUCAAUUCAGCUGUAAUCCAAUUGAAGUGUUUUCUUCUCUUUUCUAUUCAUAUGUUCCUUACUAAAAGAUUAACUAAAUUGCGGGCAACUCAUUUUUCCUAUUUUUCGUUUUGCCUCGUCAUGUACAUAAAAUCUGACCUUAUUAUUAUUAUUAGGCCAAAUGUAUAUUUGGAUAUUUUAUUUUUCUAAAUAACAUUGAAGCUUAUUCUUUUUAAAAAGAAUAAUAUUGAAACAC